AGGAGGAGGCGGCACGGGUGCUGUUUCUCCAGUCUCUUUCCCCUGUCUUUGUCUCACACACUCUUUUGUUAGCCAUGCCUAGCCUGCUGGUUCUAGCAGGGAUCAUGGAGAAAAAUGGGGGUUACGCCGGGGAUCUGGCCGGCUCCGGCUUCGGAGGCGAAGGUCUCCUUGUGCCGCCCGACGAGGAGGAAGACGACUCCCGUGCCCUCAGGGUCGCGCUGGGCCAGUUGUCUCUGCUGGGGCUUGGGGAAGGCGAGGACGGCGGCGGAGCCCCAACAACAGGAGUACAGGACCGGAGUAACAAUAACAACAACCACCACAACCACACGAACAACGUCGGAGGUGGCGGAGACACGGCGAUUCUGCAAGGGAAAAGCAAGUUGUGCGCCCUGUAUGAGAGCUCCUCAAGUGAGACGAAAGGACGAGGCUGCAACAUAACAGAAUGCGUCCCAGUGCCCAGCUCUGAACAUGUGGCCGAAAUAGUGGGGAGACAAGGUUGCAAGAUCAAAGCCCUGCGGGCCAAGACCAACACCUACAUCAAAACCCCCGUUAGAGGAGAGGAGCCUGUGUUCUUAAUCACUGGGCGGAAGGAGGAUGUUGCACUGGCCCGCCGUGAAAUCAUCUCUGCUGCAGAGCACUUCUCCAUGCUCCGGGCAUCCCGCAACAAGCUGGGAGUGUCCUUUAGCGGCUCCCCGCCCACACCUUUGCCAGGUCAGACCACCAUUCAGGUGAGAGUGCCAUACCGUGUCGUGGGGCUGGUAGUGGGGCCUAAAGGCUCCACCAUCAAACGCAUCCAGCAGCAAACCUGCACUUACAUCGUCACUCCCAGUCGAGACCGGGACCCUGUCUUUGAAAUCACAGGGUCGCCCAGCAACGCCGAGCGGGCCCGCGAGGAGAUUGAAGCACACAUCGCCUUCCGAACAGGAGGCCUGCACGACCACAAUAAUGAGAAUGACUGUCUGGGGCCGAAUGGUGGAAGCAGCCCAGCGGGCAGCAGCGGUGGUCUGGAGAGCCGGCUACAGCAGGUGUGGGGGCUGCAGGGGGGCCAGCGCAAGCCUCUCACCAGCAGCUACCGCCAGAACUUCUCAGAUGCCAUGGUUGGAGGGGGAGGAGGAGGAGGAGGAGGAGAGGGAGGGGGAAUCUACAACAAGAGCAACUUCUCCAGCUCCGGGGAGAAGCCUUGCUCUUAUUUUGGAUCAGAGGGUACCCAGAGCUGGGGCGAUCCCGACUACCCCAAACAGGUGGCCUUCUACGCCCAGCAGCGGUCCAAGAGCUUUGGAGGCCUCCCACUCCCCCUGACCAGACUCUCCCCCGGCUUAUCCGAGUCCUGCGGAGGUGGAAGCAACAACAACUCUUCAGUCACCAGCAUUGUGCCCGUAUCCGGCUCACCUCACGCCCAGGCCCGCCGCGCCCACAGUGAGCCCACCUCAGCCGGCGAGGGUUUCCCAGGCCGUCUGCCAGUGCCAGACUCGCCACCGGCCACUGUGCGGGACUGCAUGACCUGCUUUGAAAGCAAAGUGACGGCUGCCUUGGUGCCCUGUGGCCAUAACCUCUUCUGCAUGGAGUGUGCCAUCCGAAUCUGUGAGCUCAACCACCCGGAGUGCCCAGUGUGCCACACCCAGGUCACACAGGCCAUCCGAAUAUUCUCUUAAGGAACCACAUCAGUUUUUAUCAUUAGUUUUGUCAGUGUUCGUUCAAUAAUUAUUUACUGUUAUUAUGAUUAUUAUUAU